AUGAAAAACCAUUAUAAAAUUCAUCCACAACAUCAUGAAGAUCUUGAUCAUAAUCAAGAUGAUACAUUAACACUACCAACAGCAAUAACUGAUAUAACAACAAAUUCAAAUGAAAAUCAAUCAACAAUAGUAACAGCACUUGUGUUUAAAACAGAAAUGUUAGAUUGGCUUCGAUCAAAUUUUGAUGAUUGUAAUUUGAGUCCAACAUCAACUCAAAUUGUCAGUGAUUAUGUUACACGUUCAAUGAAAAAAUUAUAUGUUCAAGAAAACAAAGAUGAACAUGGUUGUAAAGAUUGUGUCCUAGAAUUUACUAGCUGUUGGGCAGCAUUUCUUACUGGUAACAAAUAUAUUGCUACUAUUGCUGCUCUAACAGCUAUUUUUGGUCAUGUACCUUCGGCCUAUUAUCAAACAUCAAUUGUUUUUGGUGCUAAAGCAUUGAUGGUUGCCGGAUAUCUAUUUGCUAUAUCACUUCAUCUAUUUUCUGCAUUACAUCUAUUUAUGGAACCAACAUCAGUUUAUUGGUUAUUGAAUAUGUUUCUUGUUCAUAAUAUUUAUGUUUGGUGUCGUGUAUUCUAUUUCUUUUUUGGUUUUACUGGUUUAUUUAAAGAUACAAUAUAUACAAAUGCAAUAUUAACAUCAGGACUUAUUUUAUUUCCAGCUGUUCUUGGUGUUUCAGCGAAUAUGUUAUUUUUAGGUUAUGUUGCAACUAGUAUUCUUCUUUAUUUUGCUAUUGUUCAACCAAAUGAAGAAGAACGUGUACGCUAUGUAAAUGAAUGUACACGAGAUCUUCUUGUUAAUAGAACGGUUCAUAAUGCUUGGAUAAAACAACAGGAACGAUUAGCAAAAUUGGCUCGUAAUGAUGAAUUGUCCGAUCAACAACGAGCUAAAGAAAUUUUUGAUCAAUUAGAUGAAAACAAAAAUGGAUCUCUUGAUAAUGAAGAAAUUACUCGUUUAUUACAAGAAUGGCAAACUGCAACAAGUUUUAUCAAUCGAUUUUCACGUUUGUCAAAGAAACAGGAUAUGUCAUUUGAAUUAUUCUAUAGAAAUAUUUGGCGUCUUGGUGAAACUUCUAUUGGUCAUAUACAAGAUGGUAUAAAACGACAAGGAAUGGCAAGAGCACGUUUCAUUUUCGAUUGUUUGGAUACAGACAAAAGUGGAUAUAUUGAUAAUCUUGAACUUCAAAAACUAUUAAUUCAAUGGGGUUUACCAGAAAAUGAAGUCGAAGAUUAUCUCGCUGAUGAUGGUGAUAAAAAAUUUUCAUUUGAAGAAUUCUAUGAAAAAUUUAAACCAAUUUGGGGUUUUGCCUAUGAAAACAUGUCUGUUCGUGACAUGGGUCAAGUCGUGCAACCACCAGAUCAGAAGUUACAAUAG